AGUGGUUAGUUUUAUUUUGUUUUUGUAAAACCAAGCUUAGGCUUGCUUUUUUGCCACAAAAAUUUAGCGUCGAUCGAACAAACAAAAAAGCAACUGAUUUGUUUGUCUUGAUUUGCUGAAAAGUGAAAAAACAAUACGAAUUGUUCAGCUGGUUUCAUAGGCGUUAUUUUCCAUCCUCAUAAUUUAGUUACAUUUCAAACGGGUAAAAAGUAUUUUAAACACUCCCACUGAAAAAAUUCAACACUCCCUUUGAAUGGUAUAGUUCUAGUUUCCAUAAUUGUUUGAAACUAAUAUAAAAAAUUGAAAAUAAUUUCUUUCCUUUUUCUUAAAUUUCAAAAACUUCAGAUGGCUUCGAGCAAUUCAACUUAUGUUACUUCUAAUGUGUCCAAUAUCACUUCAAACAAUGCCGCUGAUCAAAAUCUGGGCACUGCUGUGUUGAUCAUCUACACCUGUGCAAUCAUAGUAAUCGGAGGCAUCGGCAACGGAGUCCUCAUCUUCGUCCAUUUCCGGAGGCGGCCGGAUCCCAGGUCAACGUCCAAAAUCAAAGUCCUCUACCACUUUAUCUUCAUUAUGGCAGUUCUGGACCUGAUAAGCUGCACGCUUAUUCUGCCUACGCAUGUUUACCAAUUAGUAUUUGAAUGCCAAUAUUUUUCUAUUGUUGCUUGCAAACUGUUCGCUUAUGGGCGACUUUUUUGUGUAUAUUCUUCGAUGUUUAUUCUCGUCGCAAUUGCGAUCGAUCGAUACAUAAGCGUUUGCUUCCCGUUCGUGGAAAGCGCCACUAUCAAUAUGAAGAAGGCGAGAGUGUUGACGGCUCUGGCGCUAGUGGCCGGAGGUCUGGCGGCCGUUCCCAACCUGGUGGUUUUCGAGGUCACCGAACUGACUUCGGGGGUGACAACUUGUCAACCCACCAGAAGCAGCGCAAUUCAGCGAUUUCUCACUGAAGGUCUACUUUAUAUGACUCUAUCGCUCUACGUAUGCUGCGCUGUGGUCAUCAUUUUUCUCUACACCAGCGUUUUUGUCUCCGUUUUCCGACAGGCGAUAAAACGACGCAACUUGCGAAACCGAUCAGCCAUUCAAAACACGAACGCGCUCGGAGCAACAGUUCAAGCAGUUCGUGAUCACGUGACUGCCCGAACCGGGAUGAUGUUAUUUCUAGUCACUACAGUUUUCAUCCUGGCAUGGACCCCUUAUUGGACUAUGUAUCUACUAAUGUACAAUUUCCCUGCAACCAUUCCGAUUCUGGUGGAAAAACACGUUAUGAACUUAUUUGGAAGCUCAUACUAUAUCAACAAUGCAGUCAACCCGAUUAUAUACACCUUCGUGAACAAAACUUUCAGAGAUGAGAUUGUCUCCAUUCUGAAAUGCCAGCCCCAAAGGGGCCAAGGGGGAAGUCUGGUUUCCCAGAAAACCGGUCAAAACGGAGAGCUGAACGGCCGCGGCAGUCGAAUCGCAAAAACAAUCAACACUGCCAACGAUACUCUAUGCUGAGACUCGGGAAAAAAACCAACUGAUUUUGUCAACCAACACCCCCCCCCCCCCACCUUAUUGCAAAAGGAGGAUUUGCUGCAACGUUCGAAAUUAUUAUAUGGUUAACUGUUAUACUAGUCCUUGAUAAGGAGAAAAGUUUUAUACUAAAAGGCUAUAGGGUAGGGGGUAUAUAACAAGUUCCGAACUUAUAGAUCGAAUGUGCGUUUCAUCAUUUCGCCAAGACUGAUUGCAAUUAAGGAAUCAUUUUUCGAUUUCUCUAACCAAUUCACUAUUUUUUCCAAAAGGAUGACUUAAUUUUUCUAGGUGCAAAAUUGAUGUAUGUUUAACCGUUAAGUCAAAGUAUCACGUGAUUUGGGAGCUACUAAAGAGAUCCAAAAUUUAGACACGAUCGAGUAUUGCCAUCUUUUCUCACCGACAAAAAAGUCACAAUAAUCUGACUUGGUUUUGUCGGGUUAAAAAUAUUCUGCCCAUAGAUUAUUUUCAAUCGAUUAAAUGUAAAUAUCUAGAUCUACAGAAGAUGAAUUUUCAAACUAAAUUAUUGUUUAUAUUGUUGCGUUUUACGUUAAUAAAUUUCUUAAAAACUCCUAGAUAUCAAAAUGUAUGUAUACGAAUUGUAGUUUUCAAAGUUGUCGUGAAUUUGCAUGCCAGUGUA